AGAAAGAUCCAGGAAUCAUCUACUUAAACAAGAAAGAGAAAGGAUAGCAGAGAGAAAAGAAAACUCUUAUACGCGGAAUGGGGAUAGCAAAAUUAAAGCAACCAACAAAUUAGAUUCUCCUGCUUCAUUUUUGAACAAAAGAAACAAAAAUAAGGAGAACAUAAAACCCAACUACAGAAACUAUAAUGAGGGGGCUUCGAAGAACCAGUCAACUCAUGAGGAUACAGUUCAAUUCAUGUUACUGCAAAUUAUAGGCAGACUAGACAAGCUAGAAGGGCAAGACAGCUUAUCUCAUAUAAUACCCGCAAGAGACAAUCUUGCGAAUCGCUUCUAA